GCACGCCACUGGUUCUGGCAAUGUCGUUUUAGAGGGGUAUCCAAUAUACUGAAAUAAGUGGCUCUCUGCUAGCUUCCAAUCUAGUCUACCGUGGCGGGAUGGAAGUUCCUUCCAUCUUGGUUCUGACUCCUUGCUAAGAAGCCGGGUAGUGUUGAGGAAAAAAAACAUAUAUAGAAUUUUAGAUAAAUUGUAAAAGGUUAUCGGAGUUGCUAUGUGUCGUUUUAUCGGAUAUUUCUAUAUAUAAGUUGUCUACGGAAUGAACUAGGGGAAUGGCGUGUGCCUACCUAUACAAGGCUAUUGACUACUUGACUUACAAAAUUUGGAGAUUCUGAUAUGUAGUUAUGCUGAUUAAAUGUUCUAGAUUAGCAAAACUGUGCUUUAAACAAGUACCCGUUCAAGGAACUCCUCGAGCUUAUGUUCGUUCUUUCGUGAGCAGCCUUGUGCAUAAUAAAAUGGCAGUACCUAGUCGUGCCCGAGUUUAUGCCGAUGUUAAUUCGCACAAACCACGAGAAUAUUGGGACUACGAAAGCUACGUUGUGGACUGGGGCCAACAGGACGAUUACCAGUUGGUCAGGAAGCUAGGAAGAGGGAAAUAUAGCGAAGUUUUCGAAGCCGUCAAUGUUACGAACAAUGAGAAAUGUGUAGUCAAAAUAUUAAAGCCAGUGAAGAAGAAGAAAAUUAAACGAGAAAUCAAGAUAUUAGAGAAUUUACGUGGAGGUACAAAUAUUAUUACUCUUGAGGCUGUUGUGAAAGAUCCGGUAUCAAGAACACCAGCGCUUAUUUUCGAACACGUCAAUAACACAGAUUUCAAGCAGCUUUACCAAACGCUUACAGACUUCGAUAUUCGUUACUAUUUAUAUGAGUUGCUCAAAGCUUUGGAUUAUUGUCACAGUAUGGGUAUUAUGCAUAGGGAUGUUAAACCACAUAAUGUAAUGAUUGAUCAUGAAAAUAGAAAGUUAAGGCUAAUUGAUUGGGGUUUAGCAGAAUUUUAUCAUCCAGGACAAGAAUACAAUGUAAGGGUCGCUUCUAGGUACUUUAAAGGACCUGAACUGCUUGUAGACUACCAAAUGUAUGAUUAUUCAUUAGAUAUGUGGUCAUUGGGAUGUAUGUUAGCUUCAAUGAUAUUUAGAAAAGAGCCUUUCUUUCAUGGCCAUGAUAAUUACGACCAAUUAGUCCGUAUUGCCAAAGUCCUAGGAACUGAAGAGCUUUUCGAAUACCUUGAUAAAUACCACAUAGAACUAGACCCAAGGUUUAACGACAUUUUAGGAAGACAUUCCCGUAAGAGGUGGGAGCGAUUCGUGCAUAAUGAAAACCAGCACCUAGUUUCGGCGGAAGCGUUAGACUUUUUGGAUAAACUGUUGCGUUACGAUCAUCUAGAGCGUCUCACCGCACGUGACGCCAUGGAUCACUCCUAUUUCUACCCUGUUGUUAAGGAACAGUGCCGCAUGAUGUCAACAGUAUCUUCAUCCCCUACUCCACUUACAGGCAAUCUGUCUGUUGUAGGAGUAGGUGAGUAGCUACCAGAUGAGCCAGCGUCUCCCGUUGGAUCACCGUCGGAUAUUCCUGGUUCUCCUAAGCUCAUUUCAAUGCGUUCAUCAGCUUUCUUUACUAACCUUGACUCUUCUACAACUCCUACACCUACAUGAAUUCAGAAAUCCUAAACCAAGAGUACCGCGUUUUAGUUACACUUUUUGAGACAAUUGUUGAGUUAGAGUGCAGUGCAAAUUUUGGGAAUAUAUCACACAACUUUAGUUAUAUUCUAUUUGGGGUCUUAUUUUUAUCGCAAGAUUUUACACUACACUCUUUCGGCCCUAGGGGUAUAAAUAUUAUUUUCGAGAAUUUAAAGGUGUGCAUAUUGUAAAGUUUUAUAGCAUGUUAUGAGUCAUCUGUGAUUAUAUUAGCAAUUUUAUGUUUCUGUAUAUUGUGUGAGUUGUAAUUCAUUUCUUAAUUGUAUGCUUAGCUCCAGUAGAAAUUCUGAUGCUUUAUGAUCCACGAUGCCUAAGUUUGAGAUUAACUACUUUACCCUUAGAUUGUUAACUAACUGUUCUGCAAUAAAAUGGUUAACGACAAUUAAUUUGGAGCAAUUUUAUUUUACAAUUUGCACAUUUCAUUUGGUCAUCCAACAAUCAAAUUCUAAAUAUAUCUGUUUUAUAGAACGCUUAUCUAAAUAUAAGAGUUACUCAACUAGCUUGAUAAGCUCAUUUCUUCUUACUUUAAUCAUUCACACGUAUCACGGCGUAUUUAGUUAAAUUGUGUUCCUAAUUCACAUAACAUUUCUAAUUUUUUCAAUGUAGUUUCUUUAGUAGGUAAUUAAAAAUGUAUACAUCAGUUUUCACAUUGCUAACAUAAGUUGAUUAAAUAGAAAUAUCAAAAUUCGAAAUACCAUUACAAAAUGUGUAUAUUGUAAAGUUUUAUAAAAUGUGUUACUGAUUAAUCUGUGAUUAUAGUAGCAAUUUUUUACACAAAGUUGUAAAUUUCAUUUCGCCAUCUUUGGUUCCCUAAUAUAUAGCAUCGUAAAUUUUAGAGAAAUUGUGAAAUUUGAAGCUUUACAAAAUCAUUCCAACGUUCUUCAGGCCACUGUGUAUAUCGUGCUAUAAAUUAGGCAUCUGCAAUCUUAUUAAUUGAUUACUUUUAUUGACAACCGGAUAUUUCUGUUUGUAAAUAUUUUGUAAUGUAAUAUAUUAGUGGAUUACAUAUGUGUACAUUGAAAA